AUGUCUAUAUCUCCGUUUCAAUCUAUAUCUAUAACCUUCAACAUGUCUAACAACCUCGUUCCUCUUACCAUUAUCAAGGGCGCCGGCAAUGAGCUCAUCCCCAUCCCCGAUGGCGAGUGCGCCAUUAUCGCCGACUUCCACUCAAUCAAAUCCCAGAGCUCACACUCGACCCCAUACCUGACUACUGGAUUCUACCGCGUGGUCCCGGGACCUACACGAUUCGGCGCGUACGACUACGAGGAGACCAAGUAUGUGCUCAAGGGUCAGAUCGACAUUACAGAUGAGGCCACUGGAAAGACCCACCACCUCGUCGCUGGAGACUGGGCUUUCUUCCAUGUUGGAUCCAAGGCUCAGUUCUCAACAAAGACGGAGGGUGUUGCUUUCUACGCUGUUACCCGACCGAUGAAUGACGGGCACCCUAACCUUGUUGGUCGCGAGGAGAGUACUACAAAGUUGUAA